CAGUGAUGAAGGGUUCGAGGAGGAGGAGGAGGAGGAGGAGGAGGAAGAGGAGCCAGAGGAGAUUCGUCUCCUCGAACACCACAGCGCUCUCCUUCAGUCCUCAAACCUCACCCGCCCCCCCCGCUUGGACCUAAUGGAGGUGCAGCAGGCUGAGGAGGAGGACGUUAUCGGGCCAGACGGUCGAGGCAGCUACCAGCACGUCGUGGCCCUGGCCCAGGCCCUCGUGGAACUGCGCCACCGCCGCUACGUCACUCCCAGGCAAGCCAGAGAGGUCACCGCUCUCUGGCUGAAAUUGAGUGACUGGGACAAGGCGGCGGUCACAUUCCCCCCCGUCACCAGGACCGGCUCGUCCAGGGCCGAUUCAGGACCACCCAGCGGCACGCUCACACACCAGGGGUGGAUAGUGUGAAGCGUGCGGUCCUGGGCAAGGGGGCGGGAGCGGCGCAGUCUCCCGAUGUGUCGAGGCUUGUGGAGGCUGUCCUGCUGGACCUCAGCAUCCUCCACUGCAGUGAGGGGAGGACUAUUGCCGGGGUCCGCAUUCAUCGCUGGAGUGCCGUCAUGAGGGACUAUCAAACAAUUCGAGAGAAUGUUUAUAGUUGUGCAGCCCUCAUGCAGGCACCCGCAUCCAGCUGUAUGAGGUCAAUCAGCGGACCCUGACGCAAUGCACACCAAGAGGAGCAAGGCGAUGAUGAGGGACACCAUCGCCAUUGCAGUCCCGGGGCCCAGCGCUUCCCAGACUGCAGCGGAGCCCCUGCCUGCCCCACGGACUGUGCUGCAGCAGCCUGAGCAGCCAGACCAGCCCCUCCAGCACCGCCUGCCUGCGGACGCUUCUGGUCUGGCUGCCACCAUCAGAGGGCCGCUGGCCCCGGAGCUAUACGACCUCAUCGUCGCCAGCUCCUCAACUGCCACCACCUCCUCCUCCUCCUCCUCCUCAGCCACCCCACAAGCCUCCACCAGUGUCAGCGCGGACGCCGUCCGUCCACCAGUGCCAGCGCAGACGCCGUCCCGUCCGCCAGCGCAGAGGCAGGUGUCACCCCCUCCACAGCCACAGCUGCCACUGCUCCACCAGUGCCUAGAAACACUGCCUGGAGGCGCAAGCUCCAGGAGGAGAAAGAGCGUCGUGCCCGGGAGCUGGGAGAAUAUAUGAAACCAGCAAAGAAGGUCUCCCACUUCAACUGCAGGCACUGUGGCCAACCAAAGACGCGGGCGUUUGGCCACAGCCGCUACAAGACGGAGACCUUCUGCUCCCGGGCCGACGGGAAAGGGAGAACUGUGGAGCAGUGGCUGGCAGAGGUGAAGGGGCGUGAUGGUGCAGCCCCCCCUCCCUGAGCGAACACUUUGUGUGUGUGUGUGUGUGAGUGUGUGAUGGGGCAGCUCCCCCUCCCUGAGCGAACACUUUGUGUGUGUGUGUGUGUGUGUGUGAGUGUGUGUGAUGGGGCAGCUCCCCCUCCCUGAGCGAACACUUUGUGUGUGUGUGUGUGAGUGUGUGUGAUGGGGCAGCUCCCCCUCCCUGAGCGAACACUUUGUUUGUGUGUGUGUGUGUUUGGGAGGGAGGGAUUUGUAAAUAUUGUGUAUAUAGUGUAUUUAGUUAGUCAGUUGUGUUUGUUAAAUUAAUAUUAUGUAUAUAGUUGUCAUAUAUAAGUUAUACCUUUUUAUUUGUCCCACAAUGGGCAAAUUCCAAUAUCUAUAUAGUUGUAUAUAGUUGUCUUAAUUGUUUUAGUUUAAAUAAACUUUUCUUUUUUUAAA